AUGAGUGAGGUGAAGGAAGAAGUGAAGAAGGUUAAUGCAGAGGACCUGGUGAAACUUGGUGCCAACAGUCGUGUCCGUCUCGACGACCGAGUGGCGGAGGAUGCCGCAGAGGACGUCAUAAAGCCUAAUGAAGAAGACGAACUCGAUACAACAGAACUCAACCCGGAAGACAUAUUGGCGCUUGCGGCGAAGAAGGCUAAGAAGAAGGACAUAGCUGCGGUCGACCACUCGCGCAUCAACUACGAACCCUUCCGCAAGGAAUUCUAUAUACCCCCACCUGACAUUGCAGCCAUGUCUGACGAAGAGGCAGACUUGCUCAGACUUGAGUUGGACGGUAUUAAAAUCCGUGGCGUUGACAGUCCAAGACCUGUCACAAAGUGGAGUCACUUUGGGCUCCCGGCGAGCUGCCUAGAUGUCAUCAAACGACUUAAUUAUGUUGCACCCACGGCUAUUCAGGCACAGGCUAUUCCUGCGAUCAUGUCCGGCCGAGAUGUUAUUGGUGUUGCAAAAACCGGGUCUGGCAAGACCAUUGCGUUUUUGCUUCCCUUGUUUCGGCACAUCAAAGAUCAGAGGCCACUUGAGCAGAUGGAAGGUCCACUUGCCAUUGUCAUGACGCCUACUCGAGAACUCGCCGUUCAAAUCCAUCGAGAGUGCAAGCCAUUCUUGCGAGUGAUGAACUUGCGUGCCGUAUGUGCUUACGGUGGUUCGCCCAUUAAAGACCAAAUCGCUGAGCUAAAGAAAGGCGCCGAAAUCAUUGUAUGCACCCCCGGUCGGAUGAUCGACUUGUUGACAGCAAACUCCGGCCGCGUCACGAACCUCAAGCGAGUGACAUAUGUUGUACUUGACGAAGCCGACCGCAUGUUCGAUAUGGGAUUUGAACCCCAAGUCAUGAAGAUAAUCAAUAACAUUCGUCCCGACCGACAAACAGUACUCUUCUCCGCUACGUUCCCCAAACAAAUGGACUCCCUUGCUCGUAAAAUUCUACACAAGCCCCUCGAAAUCACUGUUGGUGGUCGAUCAGUAGUGGCAGCAGAGAUCGAACAGAUCGUUGAAGUCCGCCCGGAAGACUCCAAAUUUAACCGUCUUCUGGAAAUCCUCGGUCAAAUGUACAACGAGGAUCCAGAGUGCAGGACUCUCAUCUUCGUCGAUCGUCAAGAGGGGGCCGACAAUCUCUUACGCGACCUUAUGAGAAAAGGAUACUUGUGCAUGUCUCUUCAUGGUGGCAAGGACCAAGUCGACCGUGAUUCAACAAUCGCCGAUUUCAAAUCCGGUGUUGUGCCCAUCGUCAUUGCCACCUCUGUUGCCGCCCGCGGUCUGGACGUUAAGCAGCUCAAGCUCGUCAUCAAUUACGAUGCCCCCAAUCAUAUGGAAGACUACGUCCACCGGGCAGGGCGUACUGGCCGCGCUGGUAACAAGGGGACCUGCGUUACGUUCAUCACGUCUGAACAGGAGCGAUACUCUGUUGAUAUCUUCCGUGCCCUUAAGGCAAGUAAUGCGGAGGUUCCGAAGGAGUUGGAAGAGCUUGCCAAUGGAUUCUUGGAGAAAGUCAAGACAGGAAAGGCUCAAGUGGCUGGCUCGGGCUUUGGUGGCAAGGGUCUUGACCGGCUUGACAAGGAGCGCGAAGCGAAAGACCGAGCCGAGCGCCAGGCUUACGGCGAGUCAGAGCAGGAAAAGACGCAGGAAGCCACGGCCGCGAAAGAAGGUGCCCCCGCGGCUAGUGGUACCGAUGAAAUGACCUUUGGUAACUUCAAGGUGGAAGUCAAACGUGGUCCCGCUCCGGAUUCCUCAAAGGGCUUGAAGGCACCUGUCAAUACUAAUCCAGAUGCGACAGAAUUCCAUGCUGUUAUACCAAUCAACGACUACCCCCAAAAGGCGCGUUGGAAAGUCACAAACAAAGAGACCAUGGUUCAACUCAUCGACAUGACCGGGGCAUCUGUUACUAACAAAGGUAUCUACUACGAAGCCGGAAAAGAGCCACCUUCCGACGGUCCACCCAAGCUGCACUUACUUGUCGAAUCAAACGAAGAGUACAGGGUUGAACAAGCCGUCCGUGAAAUCAAACGGCUGCUUAUUGAAGCCUCCGCAGCCGCACUUCAGGCAGAAAUGCGCAACCCUACUGCAACAACUGGCAGAUAUAGCGUCGUAUAG